UGACACGUACGAAUGCCUCAUCUCGAGGAAGGCGAUACAAUGCUGCAAUUGGAAAUGGAAACAUUCAGUGCGUUUUCCAUUAGAAUUUGAACCGCUUUCUUAAUGCUUGUUACUUUGUUCAAAAGAUCGCGCUUAAAGGAGGUGUGUAAUACACCAGUAGUCGGAGUAAAAUGAGGUUUUCUAUGCUGAUCAGUCUGUUGAGGCCGAUCGGGCCGAUUGUUAUCGGGAUCUCUCUGGGAUUUACACUCAGUUUGUUGAGUGUGAGCUGGAUUGAGGAGAGCUGUGAUAUUAACACCAGUGGAGAUGAUGAAGGGGUGAUUGUGUCCCAGGAUGGAAAUCUCAAAGGAGCCCGGAGACCAAACUCUAUUUCCACUGGGAAUGAUGGUGAGGAGGAGGAGGAUUUCCAACCCAGAAUUAUAUCAUAUAAGCCAGUGAAACAGACUCAGCCCAAGAAACUUUUCAGGGCAAAAUAUAUCAGCACAGAGCUGGGAAUCCGAGAGCGUCUUUUUGUGGGAAUUCUCACCUCCAAAAACACCAUCAACACUCUGGGAGUGGCCGUCAACCGCACCAUCAGCCAUCAUCUGGACAAUGUUGUGUUCUUCACUGGCUCACGGAGCCGCAAGGUACCCCAUGGCAUGUCUGUGGUCACCCACGGUGACGAGCGGCUCAUCUGGAACAUGUUCCAGACCAUCAAGUACAUACUAGAACACUACAUAACAGAGUACGACUGGUUCUACCUCGCUCAGGAUGACACAUACACACAGGCAGAUCGUAUCAAGGCUCUGGUGGAGCACUUGAGUAUGGACCGGGUGCUCUACAUGGGCAGCCCAGAAGAGUUUAUCGGAGGUGAGAUGCAGGGGCGGUAUUGCUAUGGGGGUUUUGGCUAUCUGCUGUCUCACAGUCUUUUGUUAAGGCUUCAGCCCUUCCUGGAGAACUGCAGGAAUGACAUUCUCAGUGCCAGACAUGACGAGUGGCUCGGGCGAUGCAUCAUUGACUAUGCUGAUACCAACUGUGUGGAAGAAUUUGAGGGGCAGAAGUAUUAUUAUUAUGAAAUGGGAAAAAAUUCUGACCCGAGUAAGGAAGAAAACGUGCAGUUUAAGAAUGCUCUGACUGUCCAUCCAGUAUCUGACCCUGAGCAGAUGUACAGGCUACACAAACACUUUACUGAAAUUGAACUGCAGAAGACAUACGAGGAGAUCGAAAAACUGCAGGCAGAGAUAAAAAAUGUGAGUGUGGUGGCUUUCGAAGGCAACCGUAGUGCCCUGUGGCCAGUUGGUAUCAAUCCACCCUUCGAGCCCAAAACACGUUUCGAGGUCCUGCGGUGGGAUUACUUCACUGAGGAUCAGGUGUACUCCUGCAACGAUGGCUCGCCUAAGUGUGAGCUGCGUGGAAUUGAUAAGCUUGAUGUUGCUGAUGUCAUUGAGACGGCUAUGAGUGAGCUGAACAAGAAGUAUAAGCCCGUUCUGCACCUGAAGAAGCAGCAGCUAAUUAAUGGGUACAGGCGCUUUGACCCCACCAGAGGAAUGGAGUACACCCUGGAUCUACAGCUGGAGGCAGUUAACCAGAAAGGACACAGUCGUUCCAUCACUAAGAGGGUCCACCUGGUGAGGCCUCUCAGUCGCAUUGAGAUCAUCCCCAUGCCUUAUGUUACUGAGGCAACCAGAGUUCACAUCAUCUUACCUGUUACUCUUCAAGACCGAGAGCAUGUUCACCAGUUUUUGGAAGUGUACGCCACAAAUGCGUUUGAGACCAGCGAGAACACCAUCUUGACGUUUCUCUUCAUCUACGAUCCCAUUGAGGCCCAGCAAGUCAACCAGAAUGACAUCUUUGCCAGUGUCAAAUCACAAAUCAAUGCCUUUGAGCACAGAUAUUCAACGGUUAAAAUCCCCUGGAUCAGCGUUAAAAGCGAAAGCCCAUCUCAAAUCAAAUUUAUGGACAUCAUCUCCAAGAAGCAUCCAGUUGACACAUUGUUCUUCAUAGCUACUGUGAAUACCAACAUCAACUCGGAGUUCCUCAAUCGCUGUCGGAUGAACUCCAUAAAUAACUGGCAGGUGUUCUUUCCCAUUCACUUCCAAUACUACAAUCCUGACAUUGCUUAUCACAGCCAGCCCAUUCCCAGCACUGUCGACUUGGUCAAAGAGGCUGGCCAUUUUGAUCGCAGUUUCUUUAAUGAGGCAUGUUUCUACAACUCGGACUACAUGGCGGCACGGACACGCAUGUCAUCAGAUGUCCAGGAGAACGAAGAGAUUCUGGAGAAUCUGGAUAUCUAUGAGAUGUUUGUGAAGUACUCUAGCCUUCAUGUUUUCCGAGCAGUGGAGCCAGCCCUGCAUCAGAAAUACAGCUACCAAUCAUGUAAUCCUCGUCUAAGUGAAGAUAUCUACCAGAGGUGUGUACAGAGCACCCUGGAUAGCCUCGGAUCACGCUCUCAGCUCGCCAUGCUGCUGUUUGAACAAGAGCAGGGCAACAGUACUUAAAACCAAACCCGAAAGACUGGGAGAUGACUGAGAGGUAAUUAACAUCUUCCCUUCAUUGGGCUGAUGCUUUACUAGUUCUACUUGUCUGUGGAAUCAAAAUGCUGAACAAUCAAAAAUGCUGUCGGUACCAAAAAUUGUAUUUAAUUUUUUUGUAGCAACAGGGGCUUUAUGAUCUCCCUUGUUUUUUCUAGCUUUCUCUUAUGAGCAACUUGGUUUCUGUUGGCUUUUAGACCAAACAGCUGUUAGCUGUUGAAAUGAUAACUACCAUAAUAUAUCCAAAUGACUGUGCCUUAAAAAACAAAAAACUGCCUUUUCAUGAGUUCUUGUUAAUGAAGAUGAUAAACUUUUUUUGCUUAAGUCUAUUUAAGCAUCGUAUUUAUAAAACAUCCCAUGUACAUUUAAUAUAACAGUUUCUUUUAAGUUAGAAGAAGCCAUAGCCUUAUUCUGUGUUUUAGCAGUGGGUUUCUUUAUUUUUGUUAUUCCUUUGCAAAUGCUUCAGUCAUACUGUAGGUCACACACAUGAUGCAAACAAUAUAGCGUAUAACUGUUAAAAAUACUUACAAGGUGAAUUUUAAGGUAAUUAAUUGUAUGACCGUUUUUGACAAUUCGUGCCAAAGAACAAAUGUUAACAUACUUUACAAGUUUCAAACAGUAUUUAUUCCUAGACAUCCAGGAUAGUCACAUAUGUAUUUAACGUUUUUUUUUUAUUCUGAACAGAACACAAAUACUUUACUGAAUACCUAUGCAGUAAAUAUAUGUACCUUGUAUGACUAAACCGGCCUGAAAGAGAUUAUUCAGAUAAAACAAUUCAAAAUUGUAGUUUUGCACUAAUAAUUUCGUUUGAAGUCUACCUUGUACAUCAGUCGCACAAUACUCGUAUCAAAGCAUUUCAUUGUUACUGUUCCGGUGGGCUGUUUUUUACAUGACAAAAAAAGUACCCCCCUCGGAAAGAUUGUAGGUUGAUUUACUCUGUUCUAGUUUGUUUCGGUGGUUAUGAAUCAUCUUCCAAAGAGAGAUGCAAUACUAGUGCAAUACUAUUCAGAGUUAUGUUGUACUCUAUUGAGUCUUCUUAGAGCCUGCUGAUAAAAACACUCCAGAUGAGUUUAAUACGUUCAAAUACUACACGAUUUAUUGAAAUACUUUUUUUUUGGGAAAAUAUCUGCUUAAUUUCCAAGAUGCACUCAAGAGAGACUCUAUAAUGUACGAUUGUAUGGCAACACAUUGAGCUAUUUAAGAUUAAGAGAUUUUUGUUUAUUCGUUUUUCAAAGUGUACAAUUUAUGUAUUUUUGCGUGUCUCCUUUUUGUCCUUUAGAACUAUCUCCUGGUACCUGUGUUUGCUGUGUUUAUGUAGCGUUUAGUUGAGAAGAUUUUUUUUAUUAUUUAAUUUAGUCAUACAUUUUUAAAUGCUGUACACUGACAUGCAUCUUUAAAAAUAACUUGUGUUAUACCAUAUCAUGAUGCUGGAUAUCAAAAUAUGUUUGCGUAUAAGAGCUGUGAAAUAGGUUUUACAACUUGACAUGUUUUGGGUCUUUUAUAAAUAACACAUGCACACAGAAUGAGCAGAUUAAAGCCGCCACUGGCCUUUAGGGGUCAGCAAAGGAGUGUGGGAUUAAAACUGCUCUCAGAUAUGUACCGUGUACUAUCACAAGACUGUUUCUAAACCUCACCUUUGUUGAUUAAUUAUCUAUAAAUAUUCUCUACAAAUAUACUGUAUUUUGUUCAAAUAUUAUUUUACAAAAUGUUUAAUAAAGACUUUUUAUUUUAGAG